AACACAAACCUCUUUUAUUAUGCGGUCCUCCUGGAUCUGGAAAAACCAUGACAUUAUUUAGUGCCCUUAGAAAAUUACCAGACAUGGAAGUUGUCGGUCUCAACUUUUCCAGUGCAACAACCCCUGAAUUGAUUUUAAAAACAUUUGAACAAUAUUGUGAAUAUCGUAAGACUCCAACUGGAGUAAUUUUAUCCCCUAUUGCCAUUGGUCGCUGGAUUGUGGUGUUUUGUGAUGAAAUCAAUCUUCCUGCAGUUGAUCAAUAUGGAACUCAACGUGUUAUAUCAUUUUUAAGACAAUUAAUUGAAUGUGGUGGCUAUUGGAGAACAUCAGAUAAAGCAUGGGUUAAAUUGGAAAGAAUACAAUUUGUCGGAGCUUGUAACCCCCCAACAGAUCCCGGACGUGUUCCAUUAACUCAUAGAUACCUUCGUCAUGCUCCUUUAGUGAUGGUUGAUUAUCCUGGUGAAAUUUCCCUUAAUCAAAUUUACGGAACAUUUGCUCGUGCCAUGUUAAAAGUUGUUCCUGCACUUCGAGCAUAUGCUGAACCGCUUACAGCUGCAAUGGUUGAAUUCUAUCUUAAGUCCCAGAAACAUUUUACUCCUGAUAUGCAAGCACAUUACAUUUAUUCUCCUCGUGAAUUGACCAGAUGGAUGCGAGGUAUUUUUGAGGCAAUUAAGCCUUUGGAAUCCCUUUCUCUUGAAGGUUUGAUUCGUAUUUGGGCACAUGAGGCUUUGCGAUUAUUCCAAGACCGUCUUGUUACCGAAGAAGAGAGAAAAUGGACGGACGAUAACAUUGAUGCCACUGCUAUGAAACAUUUCCCAAAUUUGAACUCUUCCGAAGCUUUGAAUCGACCAAUUUUGUUCUCUAACUGGUUGUCCAAACAUUAUAUCCCUGUUGAACGUGAAGAAUUGCGUGAUUACGUUAAAGCUCGUCUCAAAGUCUUUUAUGAAGAAGAAUUAGACGUCCCACUGGUCUUGUUUAAUGAUGUCUUAGAUCAUGUUCUUCGUAUUGAUCGUGUAUUUAGACAAAUGCAAGGACAUUUACUUUUAAUCGGUGUAAGUGGAUCCGGUAAGACUACUUUGUCAAGAUUUGUUGCUUGGAUGAAUGGAUUGAGUGUCUUCCAAAUUAAAGCACAUAACAAGUAUACUGGUGAUGAUUUCGAUGAAGAUUUAAGAACAGUAUUAAGAAGGGCUGGCUGUAAAGGAGAAAAAAUUUGCUUUGUAAUGGAUGAAUCAAAUGUAUUAGACUCUGGUUUCUUGGAACGUAUGAAUACACUUCUUGCUAAUGCAGAAGUUCCUGGAUUAUUCGAGGGUGAUGAAUAUAAUGCAUUAAUGACAAGUUGUAAGGAGGGUGCUCAAAGAGAUGGGUUAAUGUUAGAUUCUCCUGAAGAAUUAUAUAAAUGGUUUACACAACAAGUAAUGAAAAACUUGCACGUUGUAUUUACAAUGAAUCCUCCAGAAGGUGGCCUUGCUUCUCGUGCCGCAACAUCUCCUGCUCUUUUCAAUCGUUGUGUUUUAGAUUGGUUCGGUGAUUGGUCAGAUCAAGCUUUCUUCCAAGUGGGCAUGGAAUUCACCCAAAAUUUGGACUUGGAUCUUCAGACAUAUACACCUCCUGUCAACUUUCCUAGUGCGUAUAGAUUAUUGCCACCGCAACCUUCACAUCGUUCUGCCGUUGUAAAUGCAUUCGUUUUUGUUCAUCAAUCUCUUUACGAAAUUAAUGCAAAAUUGAGCAAACGCCAAGGUCGUUAUAAUUAUGUGACACCACGACACUAUUUAGACUUUAUUAACCAUUAUGUACGAUUAUUCAAUGAGAAACGUGAAGAUCUUGAGGAACAGCAGCGUCAUUUGAACAUUGGGUUAGAUAAAUUAAAAGAAACUGUUACUACUGUUGAUCAACUUCGUAGUGAUUUGGCUAUAAAGAAUGCAGCGCUUCAAGAAAAGGAGAAGGAAGCUAACGAAAAGUUUAAUAAAUUGGUUGAGGAUCAACGCGAAGCUGAAGAACGUAAAAAAGCGUCAGAAGAACUUUCGAUAGCCCUCGAAAUUCAAACUAAACAAAUUGAAGAACGUCGUGAAGUAGUAAUGAAUGAUUUAGCUCAAGCUGAACCAGCUGUUGAGGACGCUAAAAAGAGUGUAAGAGGUAUUACUAGACAACAUCUUACAGAAGUGCGUUCAAUGAAUAACCCUCCUGAGGCUGUGAAAAUGGCGAUGACCUCAGUUUGUCUUUUGCUCGGUAAAAGGGCUGACAGUUGGCAACAAUUGCAAGGAAUCAUCAGAAGUGACGACUUUAUUAAUAGCAUUGUUCAAUACGAUACUAACAAAUUGACCAAAAAUGUGAGAGAAAAAAUUAAAUCAGAAUAUCUUAGCAAACCUACUUAUAACUUCGAGCUUGUAAACAGAGCUAGUAAGGCAUGUGGUCCUUUGGUUAAAUGGGUAAUCGCUCAAGUUAGUUAUUCAGAUAUUUUGGAUAGAGUUGGUCCAAUGCGUAAAGAAAUGGAGGACUUAAAAGAAGAACAAAAGAAAACUCAACAACGGGCUGAGAGUCUGCAGCAAAUGAUCAAAGAUUUAGAAAAUAAAAUAAAAGUAUAUAAGGAAGAAUAUGCAGAAUUAAUUAAAGCUAAAGAAGCUAUUAAAGAUGAUAUGAACCAAGUUAAGAAUAAAGUAGAUAGAAGUAUGACUCUACUUGCUAGUUUAUCAUCUGAAAAGGAAAGAUGGUUGUCUGGUAGUCAAGCAUUUGAAACGCAGAUGGGAACAAUUGUGGGUGAUGUAUUGCUUUCUGCAGCAUUUCUCGCCUAUGGUGGAUAUUUCGACCAGCAAUAUCGUGAAAUAUUACUUCAAAAAUGGACAAUCCAUUUAGUCGACGCUAAAAUUCAAUAUAAGCCAGAACUUUCGUUGACAGAAUAUUUGUCAACAGCAGAUGAUCGUCUUUCAUGGCAAGCAAAUUCUCUUCCGGCCGAUGAUUUAUGUACUGAAAACGCCAUCAUGCUUAAGAGGUUCAACAGAUAUCCACUCAUUAUUGAUCCAUCUGGUCAAGCUUCUUCAUUUUUAAAGAAUGAAUUUAAAAACAAAAAAAUUACUAUUACUAGUUUCUUAGAUGAUUCAUUUAUUAAGAACUUAGAAAGUGCUCUUCGUUUUGGUAAUCCGUUACUUAUUCAAGACGUUGAGCAUCUUGACCCUAUUUUAAAUCCUGUUCUUAACAAAGAAUUGCGCCGUACUGGUGGCCGUGUUUUAAUAAGAUUGGGAGGACAGGACAUUGAUUUCUCACCAUCAUUUACACUUUUCCUUUCAACCCGUGAUCCUUCUGUAAAUUUCCCUCCAGAUGUGUGCAGUAGAGUAACAUUCGUUAACUUUACUGUGACACGUAGCAGUUUGCAAAGUCAAUGUCUUAAUCAAGUCCUUAAAGUUGAAAGACCUGAUACGGAUCAGAAACGAACAGAUUUAGUCAAACUUCAAGGUGAAUUUAAACUGAGGUUGAGAUAUCUCGAAAAAUCUCUCUUGCAGGCUUUAAAUGAAUCCAAAGGUAAUAUUUUGGAUGAUACUAAGAUCUUAGAUACAUUGGAAAAAUUGAAAAAAGAGGCUGCUGAAAUUUCUCGAAAAGUUGAAGAAACUGACACUAUUAUGCAAGAAGUUGAACGAGUUACAGCACAAUACACUCCUUUAGCUCAAGCUUGUAGCUCUGUUUUCUUUGUUAUGGAGCAAAUAAACAUAUUACAUCACUUUUAUCAAUUCUCUCUUGAAUAUUUCUAUGAAAUAUUCCAAUAUAUCCUCCAUGAAAACCCAAACCUCUCAAACAUUACUGAUGCCGAUGAAAGAUUGAGGAUUAUCGUCCGUGAUCUUUUUAAAGUGACUUUCAAGCGUGUAUCGCGAGCUUUGCUACAUGAGGACUAUGUUACAUUCGCAAUUUUACUAGCUCAAAUUAAACUUCGUGGAUCUCCUGGCCAAAUUGAUGAAGCUGAAUACGACUUCAUGCUAAGCGGUGGCGAUGUCGUACCUGGAUCAAGAGUUACAGCAAGAGAACUAGGAUUACCUGAUAAUGUUUUUGAUGGUGAUCAACUUUGUAAAAUAAAAGAAUUCAUGGCUCUUCAAUGUUUCUCUAGACUCAACAGGGAGAUUAAUGAUAAUAUUGAUGAAUGGGUGAAAUUUAUGAAUCAUGAUUCGCCUGAGAAGCACGUACCUGAAUGUUGGGAUACUUCAUUACCUGAAACUGUUAAACAAUUACGUAGAAUAUUGAUUAUCAAAUGUUUCCGCCCUGAUAGACUUAUUCCUACAGUGUCCGAAUUUGUAUCUAUUGCAUUUGAUCCAGGUUUCGCCUCUCAAACAGAAUUGGACUUUAAGGCAUUAGUGUUGAAUGAAGUUCAACCUGCUACUCCUAUUUCUUUAUGUUCUGUUCCUGGAUAUGAUGCAAGUUACCGUGUGGAUAAUCUUGUAUCUGAUGUUGGAGUGAAAUGCACAUCUGUUGCCAUGGGUUCUCAAGAAGGUUUUACCUUGGCCGAUUCAGCUAUUGCAAACGCGGUCAAGAAUGGAAAUUGGGUUUUAUUAAAAAAUGUUCAUUUAGCUACAUCAUGGUUAGGUCAACUUGAAAAGAAGUUGCAUAGUAUGAAAGCACAUAGAAACUUUAGGCUUUUCCUCACCAUGGAGACAAAUCCUAAGGUGCCAGUUAAUUUGUUGCGCUUAUCACGUGUACUUAUGUUCGAGCCUCUACCUGGUAUCAAGGCAAACCUUCAAGACUCACUCAAGAGUAUCCCACACUCGCGGUACUCAAAAGGGCCAAGAGAGCGUGUCCGUCUUUACUUCAUGCUUGCAUGGUUGCAUGCUAUCGUGCAAGAACGUCUUCGUUACGCACCUCUCGGCUGGACCAAGAUUUACGAGUUUAAUGAUUCGGAUCAAGACUUUGCAAUUAACACCAUUGACGCGUGGUUGAAUUCAGUUGCUCAAAACAGAGAAAACAUUUCCCCAGAUAAAAUUCCCUGGGAGGCACUUCGUACAUUAAUCUGUGUUGCUGGUUAUGGUGGCCGUAUAGACAAUGAAUUUGACAAGCGUCUUCUCGAAUGUUUCGUAAAUGGUUUAUUCUCACCCGCUGCUUAUGAGUUUGAAUUUCCGCUUGUUGAUUCAGAAGACUCGCACAAACUAGUUAUCCCUGAUGGAACAAAAAUGGAAGACUUUGUAGGUUGGGUUAAUAGUCUCCCAGAACGCGAGCCGCCUAUAUGGCUAGGAUUGCCAAGCAAUGCAGAAAGAGUUUUAGCCACAAGCAAAGGUUAUGCAAUGCUUGUGAAAAUCAGAAAAAUGAAAAAUACGGCUGAUGAUGAUGUUGUUGAACUUUCUCAAGAGUCUGAUUCUCAGACAUCUACCCAACCUGCCUGGAUGCGUGCAUUACAGGCAUCUGUUGAAGGAUGGUUAGACGUACUUCCGGAAAAAAUUCCAAUGAUGAGCCGUACUUCUGAAAGUAUUAAAAAUCCGUUAUUCAGAUUUUUCGAUCGUGAAAACUCAAUCGGACGUAGUCUCCUCAAAAAAAUUCGUCAAGAUCUCGAGGACAUCCGCAAUGUUUGCAAAGGUGAACUCAAACAAACGAAUCAUUUGCGUAUGCUAUUGAAUUGUCUUACAAAGGGUAUUAUACCGGAUCACUGGCGAAAAUAUAAAGUCCUUAAAACUGUAUCCAUAAAUCAUUGGAUUGCUGAUUUCAGAAGCAGGCUUCAACAACUUGAAGGCAUUACAAAAUUACAUGACUUUUUAGAUUUACAAGUAUGGAUAGGUGGUCUUUUCAUGCCCGAAGCAUUCAUCACAGCUACCCGUCAGGCAGUAGCACAAAAACAUAAAUGGUCUUUAGAAGAAUUGCUAUUAGAAAUUUCUCUCAACAAGAGUGGAGAUCCUGAUUCUUUCGCAUUAAGUGGGCUUAAACUUGAAGGUGCUGUAUGGGAAAACAAUCAUGUGAGUCUCUGCGGAGUUCCAACAACCAAAUUAGAUAUUUCUCAAAUUAAAUGGGUUAGAAAGACGGAAGCUACUCCAGUUACUGAAACAACUAUAAACCUUCCGGUUUAUCUUAAUGAAGAUCGUUCUGAUUUGCUCUUUAUUGUUAAUAUUGAAGCAAAGGCUUCUGAAAAGGUUAAGAUUGUGCAACGUGGA